AUGUAUCUUGCCGAUGCAUUGAGUCGGAGCUACCUAAAGGAGACCAGAGAGAACCUUGUUCCAGAUAUUGAUAUUGAAGUAAACCAGAUUGUGUCAUACUUACCAAUUUCACCAGAGAAAUAUCAAGAGUUCAAACGCGAGACCUCAAAAGAUGAAACAUUGUCACAGCUCAGAGAAAUUAUCAUCAAUGGAUGGCCAGAGAACAAACCUGAAAUACCAGAGACAGCUCAUCAUUAUUGGCCAUUCAGAGACGAGCUAUCAUGUAUAGAUGGCCUACUGUUCAAGAGCUAUACUAUCAUUGUUCCCAGAACAUUACGUCGUGAAAUGCUCAAAACAAUCCAUAGUUCUCACCUUGGAAUCGUAAAAUGUAAAUCGCGGGCACGCGAACUAUUGUACUGGCCGGGGAUGAGUUCUGAAAUAGAGGACACAGUGUCAAAAUGUUCAAUAUGUGCCACUAACUCUAGAAAAAAUCCAAAGGAGCCAUUAUUAAUGACGGAAAAUCCGAACAGGCCAUGGUCUGUUAUUUCCGCUGACAUAUUUGAAUUUCAAGGACAUAACUAUUUGGUCACGAUUGACCAUUAUUCAAAGUGGACGGAGUUGUCCAAAUUAGACAAUAUGAGUAGCAAGAACACUAUGUUAUAUCUCAAAAGCCAAAUGUCGAGAUAUGGCAUCCCUGACAAGCUCAUUACAGACAACGGUCCACAGAUUGUUAAUGAGGAAUUCAAGAAAUUCUCAAAGACAUAUGGAUUCGAACAUACAACAUCAAGUCUCAGAUAUCCGCAGGCGAACGGACAAGCUGAAAGAACUGUGCAGACAGUGAAAAACAUAUUAAAGAAAUCUGAGGAUCCAUAUAAAGGCUUGUUAGCUUAUAGAAACACAGUCAUUGAAGAUCUAGGACUUUCACCAGCUCAAAUGGUUUUUUUGUCGAAGAUUAAAAACAGAUAUACCAACAACAGCUCCACUGAAAAUCAGAAAGGAAAAAGCCAAAAUGUACUAUGA